UCCAUUGCUAGGACGUCUAAUCAUCGUACAAUAGAAAUGACUGAUUUGAUACCUUCAUUCCUUAGUCAAGUCGACGUCUCUGUGUUACAAGAAUUACCUGAAGAGUUGGGAGCAUUGGAGCAUUUCCUGCCCACAAAGGACAACAUUCGUUCAUCAGAUGUUCCCAUUGAGACUAUUAAGAAACAGGAUGAGGAGUCGAUAGAUAUAAAGGACACUAAGAAUGAGAGUGGAUUCUCAUGUAGCUCUCUCUGGUUUGGGAAUCCUCCUCUUUGGACAGAGAAGUUCAAACUUAGUGGCAAUUGUACUUUGGAAAAACUUUCAGAGAUAUACUACAAGGAACAAGGAUUCAUCUUAGUUAUCCUUCCUGGCAUUGGAGGCUCGACUAUUGGACCUCAAUUUGUUGUUGAGGCCUUGGCUCUUGAUGAUCAUCCGUUGAAGAUAAGAUUCAUUGACAACACCGACCCUGCUGGAAUUAGAUUGCACAACUUGGGCCAGAGCUUGCCUCGACUUUAUUUACGUGUUUCUUCGAGUGAAGGUACUCCUGAACCUAGAAAUGGACUUUUGGAAUUGCAGAAAGCAUUCUUGUCUAAAAACGAUGAGCUUGUCAUUCUCGGGAUAGUUAGUAAAUUCUCUGCAGAUAAAAGAUCCAAGAACAGAGAACUUCAGAUCAUGCGUUUGCAAAAUCGUCCCAACGUCGUGCGACUGAGGCAUUCUUUCUUUUCAACAACUGACAAGAUGAGCUGUAUCUCAAGUCUCAACCUUGUGCUCGAAUGUUGGUUAGAUCUUGAGUGUGAUUUGUUCAAAAGAGGAUCUUUGUACACGAACUCAAGCUGUUCUACGAUUCCUGACUUGAAGAGCUGCAUAAAACAAGGGAGACCCGACAGCGUUUUUUUGUGUUCCAAAGAUGGAAACCUGAUGGUUGCGAUCUUCCGAAGUUUAAUCCCAAGGCGAUUCUCAGUAUGGUUCAAUGGAAGAAAAUGAGUUUUAUUGGGGAUUCUGGAGAUGGGAACCAUAUGGAAUCUCUUCUUUACUUGUUGUCAAUGGUAUGUUACAAUUGAGGUUCUUUGAAGGUUUAUGACAACAAUAUAUUCAAAUAUGUAAC